UUUUCGUAGUUGGGGUAAUGAUAUGACGCAUUUGCUUUUGUGAUGGUGAAAUCAUUUGGCUUUUCUAUAUUGCAAAUCUAGACUAGAUUCUACUUAAUCUGCUUGUUUUAUAAUUUUAAAAAUGUCCGUGUACCAUGAUGAAAUAGAAAUUGAAGAUAUGGAAUAUGACAGUGAUACGGAAACUUAUUAUUACCCAUGUCCAUGUGGAGACAGGUUUGAAAUUACGAAGGAAGAAUUACAAAAUGGAGAGGAUGUAGCCAAGUGUCCAAGCUGUUCUCUUCUUAUUAAAGUGAUAUAUGAUUUGGAUGACUUCAUGAUAUCUGAAAAAGCUGUUCCUAUCUCACUGAGUGUGGAGCCUACAUCUGCUUAAGUUCAUUUGGAAACAUUUCUUAAAGAAAAUUAAUGCUUUCACUAUCCUACUGAAUCACCAGAACUUUUAAAACUGUUCAUGUGCACACGCCUGUGUAUUAAAAUAAACAGGAAAAGUCUGCAUAUAAUAAAGCUUGGACAAAAAUACUUUAUUUAUUCUUGAAUGGAUUACAGAAUUCGUGUCUCAUCUUACUGUACUCCACCGAAUGAUGAUAUUAUUGAACUAGAUUUGGGCAGAUAACAUUAAUAAAGGGGACUUGGUGCUCCCCUUUGUUUUUUGCAACAAUGUAUGAAUAAGCCACAAUAAAAAGAAAUUAAGUUUA